AUGUUCACUGGCAUUAUCGAAGAGAUCGGCACGGUCGUGUCCAUGCAGGAGCGUCAGGACCUUCUGCUAUGGAACGGGGAGCGAGGCACGGGCUUUGAGCUGGUGGUGGCUGUGACUGUGGCGCUUGAAGGCGCGUAUGAAGGUUGCAGCAUCGCUAUCAAUGGCACGUGUUUGACCGUCACGAAUAUCAACCAGAACCACCGGAAUUUGACCUUUGGGGUCGCCCCCGAGACACUUCGUCGGACAAAUUUGGGUGCCCUCCAUCCUGAAGACAAGGUGAAUGUCGAACGCAGUAUGGGCGUGGACGCACGCAAUAGCGGCCACUUUGUCCAGGGUCAUGUGGACGGAACGGGUGUCAUCCAGUCUUUCACGCGGGAGAACGACUCGCUCUGGGUCAAGAUCUCGACCCCCUCUGCAAUUUUGCACGACCUUGUACCCAAAGGCUACGUUGCGAUUGACGGCACGAGCCUCACUGUGUGCGACGUCGAUCGCACGAACGGCUGGUUCUCCAUUAUGCUCAUCUCGUACACGCAACAGCACGUGAUUCUCCCGCUCAAGAAAGUGGGCGACCACGUCAACCUGGAACCAGAUGUGCUGGGCAAGUAUGCAGCUCGCUCUCUUGGUGGUGCCCUCGACCGGGUCGAGGCUGUGGAGAAACAGCUGCAGGCAACAAAGUGCCUGACGACGGGACUUGCAAUGGUUGCCAUGGUGUUGGCAGGAGCAGCUCUUGUCGGUCGAAAGGGGACGUAG